GCGAUUGGAGUCCAUUUAACAUUGAAACAGUCCGAUUAAUGACGAAUAUGUUUGAUACUGAUAAUACUGGAACGAUUAACUUUAAUGAAUUUGCUGGACUUUGGCGAUAUAUUGAAGAUUGGAAAAAGUGUUUCCAAACUUUUGAUGCGGAUAGAUCAGGCACCGUGAACUUCCAAGAACUUAAAACAGCAUUGAAAACAUUUGGAUACAAUUUAAGUGACAAUUUCGUCAACCUACUAAUUAAAAAGUAUGACAAAUACGGGGGUACCAAAAAUAAAUUAGGAAAAGGAGAUGUAACAUUUGACAAUUUCCAAUCUUGUGUGACUGUCAAGACUCUUACAGACGCUUUCAGACGUUAUGAUACAGACAGUGAUGGCUGGAUUAUGAUCAAUUAUGAGCAG